AUGUACGAUCCGAUCGGCUUUGUUAGCCCAGUCACUCUGGGGGGCCGACUGAUCCUUCGCCGAAUCUUGUCUGAGUCAGACGAGCUCCCAGACUCCAGGCGUCUUGACUGGGAUGACCCUCUCCCAGAGGAGCAGCGUCGCAUCUACCCCCGCUGGCUAGCUAGUCUCGACGAUCUCCGCCUACUCACAAUCCCAAGAUGCUUUCUGCCCCAAGAUUUGGCGCAUCCCGUGUCUCAAACUCUUCAUGUUUUCGCCGACGCUUCCCAGGACGCCAUCGGCUGCGCGUCUUACCUCCGCUCCACCGACAACUCGGGUGAUGCUUACGUCGCCUUCGUGCGUGGGGAGAGUAGAGUGGCUCCGCGAGCAGCCACAUCCAUACCCAGACUCGAGCUGUGCGCAGCCGUCGAAGCGGUGAUGUCAGCUCAGCAGAUUCUACGAGAGCUGAAAUCACCCCCACAAGACGUUUAUUUUUACUCCGAUAGUAAGGUUGUUCUCGCCUACAUCAAUAGCGAAUCGGGUAGAUUCACUCGCUACGUACAACGACGCUUGACAAUCAUCAAACAAGUCAGCCGCCCAGAGCAGUGGAGUUACGUCCCAUCGACCUCCAACCCAGCCGACUUCGCUUCUCGGGCCACCGAACCCCGCGCGCUUCAACAGACAUCGUGGUUACGUGGGCCUGAAUUCCUGCGUCGUGAAAUUUUCUCUCCUGACAGUCAUUCACCUACGGACUUUUCGGAACUCGAACCGUUGCCGGAAACCGAUGACUCGCCUGUAUCGACAGCCUUGAUAGCAAGUUCUUCAGACUCCGACGAAACCUUUUCUGCUCUCAUCAGAAAACUGAGUUCUUGGCCCGCAGCGCUCAGAAUCGCAACACGAGUCGUGUCACUCUGCCGAGGUCUCGUACGAAAGAUGCGCCAGAAACAAGGUGAGGCCGUUCACAAAAAUUUCACUUACAUUGAGGCUAGAACCUUAGUUCAUAACAUCAUAAUUCGAGAGGCCCAGACGGUGGCCUUUCCUCAAUUGAUGUCAACGAACGAGCCGAAACUCGGUCCCUGGCACAGACUUGCUGCCCUCGCCCCCUUCCGUGACGAACAGGGACUGCUGCGUGUGGGCGGUCGCUUGGGCAUGUCUGAGCUUCCUCGCGAGAUCAAACAUCCAUUGCUGCUUCCUGCAGGCCAUCCAAUCAUCACCUCCAUACUUCGGCAUCAUCACAACUUGACAAAACAUCAAGGAAGACACGUGACCCACUCAGCAGUGCGCGAGGCUGGCUAUCACAUAGAGAACGGCAGAAGGGCCAUACAGAAGCUACUGCAGGGAUGCGUUACCUGUAGGCGCCUCAGGGCCUCGUGCGAAGCCCCUCAAAUGGCCAGCUUGCCACAAGACCGCGUUCUUGCCGCUCCGCCCUUCUCCGCUGUCGGCAUCGACGUGUUCGGUCCUUGGAUGAUCAGCCACGGUCAGACGACCAGGAGGACUUCUUCACUCAUGAAAUGCUGGGCGGUCAUUUUCACCUGCCUCGCGUCUCGAGGAGUUCACAUAGAGUGCCUCCCAUCUUUGGAUACACCGACGUUCAUAAAUGCAUUCAGAAGAUUUGUUGCAAUUCGUGGCGGUUGUAGUACAGUUCGCUCCGACAGGGACACAAACUUCAUAGGAGCGAAGAAUCAAGACGAAGGCAUCAACGUCGAACAAGCGAGCAGGUGCCUCCUUGACCACGGUGCCACUUGGCUCUUGAACCCCCCUCACGCCUCCCACUUCGGAGGCGCUUGGGAGCGCAAGAUAGGCCAGGUGUUUGGACGCGGCGAUGUUGCACGCCACUCCGCGCUCAAUUACCUACGACGAGCUUGA